CCACACCAACCGCAUUUAUCCAUUUCCCCUCACUUUUAUUAAACCAUAUUUUCUCUCUCCUAGGUUUUACCAAAUUUUCUCUCCCUAGCAAAAAUGGCUCAUCAAGAAGGACAGAACGGAGACUCCGACACGGCUGCAGCUGCGGUGGUUUACACCGCCGUGAAGCCGCAGUUGCUGGUGGAGGCACCUAAGGCAAACGAUGCUGUUCAGUUCUACAAAGCUGCUUUUGGUGCUACGGAGACUCGCCGUACCACUCAGCCUAAGCGUAAGGCUGACCAGGAGCUCCCUCACAUCAUCUCCGCUCAGCUUCUGCUCGCCGGCGUUUCUAUUUUCGUCUCUGACAUUUCCGAUGACUCUGCUCCAGAGAAGAAUGUCGCCGGCACCGGAGGUAUUUCGCUGGUUCUGGUGACUGAGGACGUUGAAGCCGCCGUCUCUAAGGCUGUCGCUGCCGGGGCUGUCAAAGAGGGAGAGACUCUUGAGGGCGAAGGCGCGUACUACGGCGGUGCUGAGCGCGUGGCUAAGCUCAAGGAUCCUUAUGGCUAUGUCUGGGUCAUAUCUUCUCCUCCCAAGGUUGAGUCCGAUGAUGCUGAGGUGGCAGCUUGAUGGCCGUCUGAUCCUAACUCUAGCUGAUUAGGUGUAGCGAGUAAUAUUUUGCUUCUAAAAGAAAGAAAAAACGUUUCUAGUUAGGACCUUUACUUUUGCUGAUGUUAUUGGUUACUGGAUAUUCUCUCUCAUCAGAUGGUUAUUUUGGUAAUUUUGCAAAUGGUGAAUAUAUUUUAACCUGUUGCUGGUA